GCCCAGCCGGUCAACUCCAGGAGUCACCGGCUCAGCCGGUUGUUCGGCGUUGAAAAAGGAAAGAACGAAGAAGAAUCUGAACGCCCACCGCCGUCUUCCCGACCCUCAUCUCACUCCGCUCCGGCCCACUGCUUCGUCUCCGAUCGGUCCCCCCCGGGUUAUUAGCUCGAUCAUUUAAUGGGAACAUCAUCUGGUUCGAACAUCCACCACCAAUCUUCCUCAAGAAUGCUACCUCCGCGUCAGCAAUCCCGAUCCGGGGGUCUCCAGACGUCUCUCUCCCUUGUUUCAUCAGACCCCCACUUAUCACCGGAAACACAGGAUCCCCGAGCUAAUCCUGAUAAUGUCCGUGAUUCUCCCACCGAGAGUGCCAGCUCGAGGGAAACCUGGCCCACUUCCGAUGCUCUUGCAGGGAAGAAGAUAGAAAAUGGGAAGUUAGACAAUGAUGCAUUUGAGCAGUCAGUUGUCCGCAGAGUCUCUAUCGCAGAUAAGAUAUCCCUUCGAGACAUAGUAAGGGAGAGAGUUGAUCUUGUCGCCGAGAAGAUGCACCGCCUGCCAGAUGACUACCUUGACGAGCUGAAGAACAUGCUCCGAGUCAUCCUCGAAGGGAACGGUGGGUCCCAGCAGAGGGAGGAAUACUUGAACUUACAGAAGCACGUUCAAAGUCGGCCAGAUUUGACAGCGAAGACGUUAACUGGGGCCCAUCGUGUGCAACUCGAGAUCCUGGUUGCAAUCAAUACAGGAAUUCAGGCCUUCCUGCACCCAAACAUCAGCCUCUCUCAGACUUCCCUGAUCGAGGUCUUUGUAUACAAGAGGUGCCGAAACAUUGCCUGCCAGAAUCAGCUCCCGGCAGAUGAUUGUACCUGUGAUAUUUGCACAAACAGGAACGGUUUCUGCAACCUUUGCAUGUGCGUGAUAUGCAAUAAGUUUGAUUUCGAGGUGAACACGUGCCGUUGGAUCGGUUGUGACCUGUGCUCUCACUGGACCCACACCGACUGUGCAAUUCGCGAUGGGCAGAUCUGUACUGGACCAUCUGUUAAGAUUGGCGCUGGCCCAACUGACAUGCUCUUCAGGUGCAGAGCAUGCAAUAGAACAUCGGAGCUGUUGGGCUGGGUAAAGGAUGUUUUCCAGCAUUGUGCUCCUGCAUGGGACCGUGAGGCUCUUAUUAGGGAGCUUGAUUUUGCGAGUAGAAUCUUUCGUGGAAGCGAGGACCCUAGAGGAAGACAUCUUUUCUGGAAGUGCGAGGAUCUUAUUGAGAAAAUGAAGGGUGGGCUUGCUGAAUCAACAGCUUGCAGAGCAAUACUGAUGUUUUUCCAAGAGAUCGAUGGUGACUCUCCGAGGAACUUGGAAAAUGGGGAAGGUGGGCGACUUAUAGCCCCGCAAGAUGCAUGCAACAGGAUCGCUGAGGUGGUUCAGGAAGCAAUCAGAAAGAUGGAGAUGGUGGCGGAUGAGAAGAUGAGGAUGUUCAAGAAAGCAAGGAUGGCCCUUGAGGCCUGUGAUCGUGAACUCGAGGACAAGGCCCGGGAAGUAGCAGAGCUAAAAUUGGACAGGCAAAAGAAGAAGAUACAGGUCGAGGAGCUCGAGAAGAUCGUGAGGCUUAAGGAGGCUGAGGCCGACAUGUUCCAGCUCAAGGCCAACGAGGCCAAACGGGAGGCAGAGAGGCUGCAGAGGAUUGCCCUGGCAAAGUCCGAGAAAUCUGAGGAGGAGUAUGCCAGCAGGUAUCUGAAACUAAGGCUCAGCGAGGCCGAGGCGGAGAAGCAGUACUUGUUCGAGAAGAUCAAACUCCAGGAAAGCUCAAGGGCAACUCAAAGCAGCGGGGGUGGGCCUGACUCCUCACAGCUCAUGUACUCGAAGAUGCAGGACAUCCUCCAGAACAUGUACAGCAGUUCCUCAAAAGAUGGAAAACCAGUGUAGCGAUCACCUGAAAGGUCAUGUUGGUUGCAAAGGAGCCACAAUCUAUUCAGAACAGAUGGCCGUACUAGACCGCCUAUUCUGCUUAUUCCUUAGCGACUAAUGUGACCGGAAAUGUUUGUUAGCAUGUCAUCUAAUGUAGUUAGUCGUAUGGAAGAUGAAGACCUGUUAAUUUCUUCUGAAACAGAAUACCUCUGUAGAUAAAGAGGAACAAGAAGCAGAAGCUGAGGUCGUGUUCGGACUAUAUUACAUGCGUGUAGUGUUCAUAUAUUCUUCGCGAUUUCGAUUCAUUCAAACAAAAGCAAUGCUCUUCAAUCUC